ACUCUACAUACUCCAAUAUACAUCGCUGUGAGGGUGACAUGGCGGUCGGUGUCAGUGGGGUAUGGCGGCAUCAAGUAUCGAGGUACCAAGACAGCCACGGCAGACACAACAGACACAGUAGCAAAAUUGCAGUAGCAAUACUUUCCUUGCUCGUUCUGGGUAUGUAGCCUGCCAUGUCCAUCGAAUUCCUGGUAUCCAUGGGCGACAAGGCGCCGUCUAGGCUUAAAACCCAAGGCAACCCGUGCUUCCGCCCCCAAACUUGCUUCUGAAGGUUUUGCGACUGAUGCCGCCUCGUUCUUUCACGACUCACCCACUGCCUGUACGCUCUUACAUCCGUGGAUAGUGUCAGAUGGUCGCCGUCCUCGACUCUCUCUCUGUCUUCCCAUAUCACACGUGUCGCCGGCCCGGCCUAUCCCCCGAUCGUCCCCACUUUGCUGGACAACGUCCUACCAACAGACGCACCCGCCGAGGCCAUCGAUUGCCGGCCUGACCCAGUCCUUCGCUUUCCGAGUCGCACCAACAUACACAGGACUUCCCUGGGAUGGCAAAAAACAAGCCCCCCGGCAUAUCCUCCAAGGCCAUCGACUGGCUUGCGUCGCCCUUGCCUCCUGUCGACCCAUUGGCCGCCUGCUCGCACCCUUGGUUACCGCCGACUAGCCAAGCCGUGCUGAUGGCACUUUACUUCUCCCGGCUUGGCCGCAGUUUCCUGGCACUUUCUCCCACCCGUUGACUCGCAAAUGGGCCGGGUACUCCGGAUCCUACCCUGUCUAAGCGGUAUGGCAUUGGCCAUGGUAGCCCGCACGGCAGCCCGAACGCCUGCAGGGGGCUGUAAUUUGAUAUGCCGGGUGUGGGUGCCACCUCCCCCUCUCUUCCCUUUCAUAGCGCCCAGGCAAGCACCUAUGUGAUAUGGAUUCUCGAGCCAAUGACGUGGCUGCCUAGCCUGGCAUCAGCGAAGUCAAUACAUCAUCCAAGUCCAUAAGAGACUUUUACAAAUGGAGAUGGCAGAGGGAAGCGUCGUGGCGUUCUCCUGUUCAUCUGGCAUCCGGAACCUUCCCCAAGGGCUGGGCUAGGCUCAGUAAAAUCACGCGAGCACAUGGGUCUUGCACAGACGCAACGUGAUCGCCGAUCACGGCGGUGGUGCAGGUUACCAAGUGUGGCCUGAUACCCCCGAGUGCUACGGAGGUAGAAACCCCUUUGGACAAAACACCUGCCUCGUUCUCUCCGGCAGGUCAUCAUCAUGGCGAGACCAUUCGGGGCCAAAGCGCGGAUAGAAAGCAAGUGGACGUGCAACCUCGGGCUUCAUACCUGUGGCACCUUCGCUGGUGACAACGGUGGGCUCGUUGUUUUUCUUGCUCUCGGGUUGCCACUGAGCAAUCGGACAGGAAAGUGUGCGUCCAAGUGUCUAGUCCAUGUGGCCACCCACAGUCUCACUCGUAUCAUUGCUACCAUGAACAUCUCGAGUACCCGGCCAGGUCGGCCACGGUAACUAUGAUGGCUGGUCCCAACGCUCUCGUCUUUUUUCGUUCGCAGAAGACUACUAAGUAGUAUCUUUGCUUAAGGCUAGAUUGUCUGGUUAGGGUCAGAUGCAUCCAGCAGCAUCUUUGACUUGCCGAAGCAGGGAAAAUUUAUGCUGAGUCUCCAUUAGGUCGCCCUUUUGAGCUACUUUUCCUUUUUUCCAUCGGUCUGCUGUCACUCCAGCAUGCUUAUCUGGUCUCCAUAGCGGGUGAGCACAUCUCGAAAUGGCAAGCAUUGAACCCCAGUCUAACCACUUCUUGCGGGCAGGCGACCUUGGUGGUUUCUCAAGCGGCAGAUAUACGAUCUCUCGAUGGAUGUCGCCUCUGCUUCCUCAAUAUGGCUAGCGCCAGCCCGUGGUGCAACCAGAGAAUCAAGACCAAACAUUGGCCCGAAGCAUUCCCGGUCGAGAAGAUCAACGUUUUAAAUGCCACAAAACCAUGUCCUUGCUCGCCCAAAAGGAAGCCCGACCCGGCACCAGACGUCCAACCACUCCUUACGAACCAAGCAGGGCAGCACGCGGAUACAGGCUCGGGCAGAUCGAGUUAAGAGAGGUUACUCCCGUAGAGUGUGUGUGCCGUUUUUGAAGCAAGGAGAACAAACAUGCCAGGUUUCUUGGCGUGUGAUUCCCUCGUAAACACGCAUUUGAAGCAAGUAUGCUGAUUGAUGUCCUUGAGUAGCACAGCCCACUCAACCAGCGACGACCACCGCCCAUCUCGGGUGAAACAUGCGGCCUAAUUGUGACAUGCGUGACGGGCGCCUGCGUCCGGCAUAUGUGGGACAGAGAUGGUAUGCCAGAGCCGCUUGCUGGCCACAAAGGCUUGGACACGAGUCGAGACGAGUUUUGGUCUGGUGAUGCGACCAUGGUCGAGUAUGGGAAAAUGGACAAGAGGGUGGGGCAAAGGAAUGAGCUAUGGCCAGGCGACGGCGGCGGGUGAUAUAAAGGACCCAGAUCGAGGAAAACCGCAUACCGACGAGUUUACGAGAAUUAACCCGGCCGAUGGACAAACUGAAGCCAUCCCCAUCGCUUCAAACCCUCUCACUCACGACAGCGCUUGAGAUAUCUUCUCUGAUUGGCCGACACCGAGUCUCGCCAUGCGUCUCAUCCUCCUCCUCGGCCUGGUCCUGGCCCUCGGCCUCUCGGCGGCGGCGGAAAAGAUCGUCGGCGCCUGGACGAUGGCCGGGCUGAACAAGGUGUGCGAGGACCACGUCCCUGUCAACCAGUCGGGCCCGCUGUGCACGUACCAGUUCAUGAUCGACGAGUCGGCCGAGCCGGCGUUGCCCAUGACGUGGUGCACCGUCACGGCGCACAGCCUCGACGAGCAGGGGAUCAACAACACCUUUUACGACGUGCCCUGCCGCGAGGGCGGCGUCGCCGGCGUCUACCGCGUCCACAGCCUCUGGCACCGCAGCGGCUUCACCGUCUUCAGCGUCGUCAACGUCACGGGCGGCGUCUACGCCAGCUUCGCCUACCGCGACCGCGACCUCGAGGGCCUCAGGAGGGCGCCGACCAGGACCGAGCCCUCGUACGAGCUCGGCGCCAAGACGCGCCCCUCGGACGAGGACGCUGACAUGAACCGGCCGCACCACGGCGAGGGCGACGACUCUGAUUCUGGCGGCGGCGGCGGCGGCGGGGGCGGCAGCCGUCGGGCUGCGUCCAUAGCCGGAAGGAGACUGUAUGCUGGGGGUGGACAUGUCGAGGUGGAGGCUUGUGACCCGAACGUGUGGGUUGUGAGGAAUCUUUCACGAAACGCCCGCCCGGUGGUGCAGACGGUGCUCUUCCGGUUCAACAUGGUCCGGUGCGAUGAGGUGAUCCGCUGCAAGCUCGAAGCCGUGGGCAACAACCCGACGACGGUGGACAUCAAGUUUGACAACUUCGCCGACGUGCCCUGCGAGAACAGGACGGGAAUCAACGUGUCGUGGGGCUACAAGGCCGACACGGACGGCGGUAUCAUGACGCUCAAGGAUGUGGGCCAGCGCAGGAGGGCCUUCCUCGGCUGGGACAACGUGAACUCGCGCGUCAGGAUCGAGGAGGAGGCCUCCGGGGUGUCGGAGGUGUACUGAGCGGAAGGGAGGGGGGCGGAGGGUUGGGUAGGCUUGACUUAGUUGUGCGGAAGCAGAGGGGGCUACGUGUUAUGGGGGUGUGCUUGCGUAUUGGGUAAUAUGGAUUUUCAACUGUGGCGAACAACGAUGGUUGUGACCUUUGGGGGUUCUAGUAUUGUGCGCAAGGAGAGUAGGAGUAUCUAUCUGAGGGAGCCUAAGUAGGGCUAUACAGAGAGCAGAUCACCCGCACGCCCGUUCCAGCAUAAUGUAUAGGAUGAG